GCACUCAGCUCCAGAGCUGGCGCUUGGAAGUUAGGGGAGAGCGUCGCGGACGAGGAUCUACCAUACCCACUGAUUAAGUAUGGAAGACUAUACCAAAAUAGAGAAAAUUGGAGAAGGUACCUAUGGAGUUGUGUAUAAGGGUAGACACAAAACUACAGGUCAAGUGGUAGCCAUGAAGAAAAUCAGACUAGAAAGUGAAGAGGAAGGGGUUCCUAGUACUGCAAUUCGGGAAAUAUCUCUAUUAAAAGAGCUUCGUCAUCCAAAUAUAGUCAGUCUUCAAGAUGUGCUUAUGCAGGAUUCCAGGUUAUAUCUCAUCUUUGAAUUCCUUUCCAUGGAUCUCAAGAAAUACUUGGAUUCUAUCCCUCCUGGUCAGUUCAUGGAUUCUUCACUUGUUAAGAGUUAUUUGUACCAAAUCCUACAAGGGAUUGUGUUUUGUCACUCUAGAAGAGUUCUCCACAGAGACUUAAAACCUCAAAAUCUGUUGAUUGAUGAUAAAGGAACAAUUAAACUGGCAGAUUUUGGCCUUGCCAGAGCUUUUGGAAUACCUAUUAGAGUAUAUACGCAUGAGGUAGUGACACUCUGGUAUAGAUCUCCAGAAGUAUUGCUGGGGUCAGCUCGCUACUCAACUCCAGUGGACAUUUGGAGUAUAGGUACCAUAUUUGCUGAAUUAGCAACUAAGAAACCACUUUUUCAUGGGGAUUCAGAAAUUGAUCAACUCUUCAGAAUUUUCAGAGCUUUGGGCACUCCCAAUAAUGAAGUGUGGCCAGAAGUAGAAUCUUUACAGGACUACAAGAAUACAUUUCCCAAGUGGAAACCAGGAAGCUUAGCAUCCCAUGUCAAAAACUUGGAUGAAAAUGGCUUGGAUCUGCUCUCGAAAAUGUUAAUCUAUGAUCCUGCCAAACGAAUUUCUGGCAAAAUGGCACUGAAUCAUCCAUACUUUCAUGAUUUGGACAGUCAAAUUAAGAAGAUGUAGCUUUCUGACAGUUGCCCUGUGUUGUGUCAAGAACAGAUAAUUGUAUUUUUACUGUUCAUCUCUGUUUCUGUCUUUGUGUAUUUUUCUUUUCUUUGUUGUAAAACUUAAUCUGUACUUCAUCUUCUGAUUUCAAAAGUAACUUAAAAAUGUAAAUACUGUUCUAUAUGAAUUUAAAUAUAAUAAUUCUGUAUAUGUUUGUAGAUCUCACUGUAACAGCUGUUUGUUACUAUAAUAAAACUAUAUAAAUCUAAAAAAAAAAAAAA